AUGGGAGCCUCCAAUAUCCAGGCGAUUUUCCGACAACCCAGUAGCCUGUCCUUUGAGUUUAUGCAGCUCCGAAUCGCAGAAAAGGUAAAGGGCCUGCCAGCAAGAGAUGCAGCUCUUCUAGGACUCGAUGACUCGGGUGCCGGCACUCUCAAUCAGUCUAAGACGGGAGUGACCGGCAACGGCCGCAUCUGGCACAUUCUACAUGGCAUUUACAUCAAGAAGCUCACCGAGAAAUCAGCGGCUGACUGCCUCACUGCCAAGUUCGUGUACGAGUUCUCCGAGCAGCUCAAGACAUGCCCCCAAAGCAACUCAAAGCAAAGCAACUCAAAGGAGACCGUGAUGGGUCUCUAUGAUUUCCUCCAGACGUACCAGUUCGCUGCAUCGACAAUCACACUCGUGGGCCCAAAGAUUCUACAGCACAGUUCAGAUAUUGCGAAAACGUUCUGGGAGUACGACGCAGCGUUCAUGACGCUGAUGCAGGGACUACCAAGGCUCGUUUGUCGUAAAGGCUGGGCGGCGCGGGACCGCACUCUCGAAGCGACCAAAGAAUGGCUUGCGGCGGCGAGCGCUGCUCCUACCGUGGAGAAAGAUGUCGAUUGGGACUAG